CGCGCGGCGGAGAUGGGCGAGACCAUGUCAAAGAGACUGAAGUUCCAUCUGGGCGGGGAAGCGGAGAUGGAGGAGCGGGCGUUCACCAACCCCUUCCCGGACUACGAGGCCGCGGCCUCGGCGGUGUUCGCCGCCGGAGCGGCCGAGGACACAGGCUGCGCUCGCCCCCAGCCCACCACCGACGAGCUCGGCCUCCCUUUUCACAACGAUGGAAAGAUCAUUCAUAAUUUCACAAGGCGAAUCCAGACCAAAAUCAAAGAUCUUCUACAGCAAAUGGAAGAGGGGCUCAAGACAGCUGAUCCACAUGAUUGCUCUGCUUAUACUGGUUGGACAGGCAUAGCCCUUUUAUACCUGCAGCUGUACCGGGUCACAUGUGACCAGACCUACCUGCUCCGAUCCCUGGAUUAUGUAAAGAGAACACUUCGGAAUCUCAAUGGCCGCAGGGUCACUUUCCUGUGUGGAGAUGCUGGACCCCUUGCAGUAGGAGCUGUGGUGUAUCAUAAACUCAAAAGUGAUUGUGAGUCCCAGGAAUGCAUCACAAAACUUCUGCAGCUCCAGAAGACGAUUGUGUGCCGAGAUUCGGACCUUCCCGAUGAGCUGCUCUAUGGACGGGCAGGUUAUCUGUAUGCCUUACUCUACCUGAACACGGAGAUCGGCCCGGGCACCGUGUGUGAGUCAGCUAUUAAAGAGGUAGUCAAUGCCAUUAUUGAAUCAGGCAAGACCCUGUCAAGGGAAGAAAGGAAGGCUGAGCGCUGUCCACUGUUGUAUCAGUGGCACAGGAAGCAGUAUGUUGGAGCAGCCCACGGCAUGGCUGGAAUCUACUACAUGUUAAUGCAGCCAGCAGCAAAAGUGGACCAAGAGACCUUGACAGAAAUGGUGAAACCUAGUAUUGAUUACGUGCGCCACAAGAGAUUCCGAUCUGGGAAUUACCCUUCGUCGUUAAGCAAUGAGACCGAUCGCUUGGUCCACUGGUGCCACGGUGCCCCGGGCGUCAUCCACAUGCUUAUGCAGGCUUACAAGGUCUUUAAGGAGGAGAAAUACCUGAAAGAAGCCAUGGAGUGUAGUGAUGUGAUUUGGCAGCGAGGUUUGCUUCGCAAGGGCUAUGGUAUCUGCCAUGGGACGGCUGGGAACGGCUAUUCUUUCCUGUCCCUGUACCAUCUCACACAGGACAAAAAGUAUCUCUACCGAGCUUGCAAAUUUGCAGAGUGGUGUCUGGAAUAUGGAGCACAUGGGUGCCGCAUUCCUGACAGACCUUAUUCUCUCUUUGAAGGCAUGGCUGGGGCGAUUCACUUUCUCUCCGACAUCCUGGUACCAGAGACAUCACGGUUUCCAGCAUUUGAACUUGCCCCUUCGCAGAGGGAUAAAAAGAUGCAGUGAGACCGCUAAGACACCUACCUGUUUGGACCAAAAGCCAGAUUGCUUAGUGCCUGACACAGAGCCAACUGUGAAUCCUGAAGAAGGCAAAACAAAAAAAAAGAGAAGCAAACACCUUCACAGGCACCCCCUUCGUUGCAGAGACCCUCAAGUUAGAGCAUGAAUGACAGAAACCAUCCCUUUGGCGUUUUGUAACAGUGUUCCCCUCACUGGUGUCAAAUAUGAAUUCUUCGCGUCCAGCCUUGUGUAGCAUUUGCAUGUUUCUGGUGUUUGUUGUCUGCAAAUGUAAGUUGUUCUAAACAGAAAGCCCUUCUCUUUCCGUGAGCCCAGAACUGACCGUACACGAGGGUAAGGCAGCGGCCACUUCUCUGUAUAUAAUAUUUAAAGUGAGGUGUCUUGUGUACUGACAGGGAAUAGUCAGGUAGUAUGUCUCUCAUCUAUCAGAAAGAAUCUCUAAGGUGACAUCCUAGUGCUACUUCUUCAGCAUUUUCCAUGAGAACCUUUCAGACAAGCAUGAAGGAAAGACCACUCCAAAAAUUGAAAAGCAACCAAAUUAAAGGAGUUUUGCUGGAAUGGUUGGGGGCAGGGGUUGAGCCUUUGCGCAAGGUGCUUGAACGCUCCCUCUUUGUGUUUUGUGUUCACCCUUUGUGCUUUUAAGAGGCCAGAGGGCAUGCAUUGCUGGCCAGCUGGGGCUCCCUAUUCCCAGCAGGAGUUUCCGGCUCCCACGUGAAGUUCCAGAGUCUCCUUACAAUCCCAAGCAGUGGACGCCUGGGGAGUGGACUUCAUGAUAAUCAGAGAACAUUCAAGGGAAGCCAUUUCGUGACCAUGUUGUAAAUCAAACAGCAAUGACUAAGCAUUGGCAAUUCUAGAUUUGGUUUAUAUUAAAACAGACUGCACCUCAAUUUUAUCAGCAUUAUAACUUAUUAUAAGUUCCGUGGAUACAACUCCAGAUGGUGAUAAGUGGAAAGAUACUCAGCUGUUCCCAUGUCCCUGCAAUUAAACUUAUUUCAAAAUUCAGUAACUUAUCACAGUGUAAAUUUGGGAGGAGUAGUCACUUUUUGCACACUUUUGGGUGAUUGAAAUCUCACAUUUGAUGAAAUAUAUUAACCAUAAAAGGCCUAGUCUGCAUUUAUGCAUAUGGGAAACAUAGUGUUCUAACCAAGAAAAUGACGGUGUUUGUCUGACAUGUUUUAUCUAAAAAAAAAAAAAAAAUGGGCAUUCAUUUCGAUUACUAUACCCUCAAUAGUUCUGUCAUGUGGAUUUCAGUUUUUAGAAGACUUUUGUCAUCACAAUACGAGUAGCCUAGGACUUCUACAUACUUCUCCUCUUGUGAGCUGAGGCAUGGAUUGUAAAAGACUAAAAGCAGGUUUCUCUGGUCAUCUGGUCCCGGUCUGUAAGGGACCAUCCAAUCAUUUAUCAGCCCUCAUGUCCACUCCUUUCAUAAAGGAGCAUGAAUAUCCACGUAGAAGACAAAUCUCCUUCAUGCAUAUGCAAUUCUCGGAAUGUUGCUGAGCCUUGUUUGUGGGGCCAGCACCCUAACAUGACCUUCAGUUUCUAGAUGAUGCCUCAUGGGUCCCUUCAUUGCAGAUACUUGUUUCUAACCCAUGACUAUUUUCUCUCAAACUAGGUGGAUGGCUUCCAUGAGUAUAAACCCUCAUGGUUCUAUUUUCACCAACUCCCUGGGCCUGCUCAGGAACUUCUCAGGCACAGUAUGCUGUCCUGAAUGAGUUGAGGGGGAGUAUCUGGUAGGAGAGCUCACCACCGGGUGUCACAGCCCAGCCAAACAACCCUCCCUCCCACCCACCUCACCCAAACCGCACACACACAGCUUACGAGGUCUGGCCUGCCUCGUUCAUGGCGGCACUCAGGGCUUCGGCUGUAAGCUCUGUCAGGGGAAGCCAGCGGGACCGCACAGGGGCUGUGCCUGUCUCAGCCAGAGGGAGCGCAUGGAAGUCCUGGUUCUGGCCACGUGUCUCCAGACCAGAAACAGCAAGGGUGACUCACCUGGGCAUCCCACCAGGUCUGAAAAAUAAGCACGAGGCUUCUUUCUGACUAAUGUACUGAGGGAAAGAUAAAAUACUUGUGGAAUAAACGGAGAUUUUAUUUACGGUUUUUUCUUUUUUAACCCAGCUGGGUUGACACCUUCCUACUUACCCACUAGAUGUUCACAGAUGUGCAGCUCUGUGACUCCACGUCAGCCCGCUUCCUGGCGUCUGGCACGUAGCUGCUGCCUGAGGACAGUUCCAGCUCUUGGUCCCUGAAGGCGGAAGAGUGAUGGCAUCCACGCCAAGGAGCAGAGGACUCACAGAAGUCAGUUUAAUAGAUGUAGGUCUGAAUUUAGAUCUCAAAACAUCUCACAAUGAUUUCUUGAUUUCUUUGUGUCCUCCAAAAUGUGUCUGAGUUGAAACAACUACAUGUAUGCACAAUACCAUUUUAAAAUUUGGAAGAAAAAAAUAGUUGAUGUCGGAAAAAGUGUGUGGGGUUCUUUGGUUUUGUUAGUAAAGACAGUUUUGUGAUGAUGA